GGAACUAGCCUGUGUAGGUCCUGGAGCCGAGGAGCUAGCCUAUUACAAGUACGUAGCCUCUGGAAACAGCCCCCAAGCGUGAGGAGGCUACGUGUCAUCUCGUCUCAUGGCUCUCAUUCAAGCGCACCCACAGGUAUCCCAGGAAUUGGGAUAGUGUGACACACGCCCGAUAGUCUUACUGGAUGUCCGUCCUGAAAUAACAGAACUCAGCGCAUUGGGAGAGGCCGGAGCACCUCUAGUCCGUGUAGGCGGGCCAGUCGGGGGAGAGACGCGCUACAACGCUUGUGACGCAGGGAGAGUGAGAGAGCUCGAUCGGGCUAGGAGCCUGGUGCCACACCGGGGAGAGUUUACCUGCACGUUACUGCCUGGACUAGACACUCCGGAAGGACCGGAUGGGUUGAGAAUGGCCGCUGUGCAACGACAGACGUCGCAGCAAUGGGGGCAUGUGGAGGAAGAGAGCGACAGGAGAGAGCACUACGAGAAGGAGUGGUGGAAGUGGAAGGGACAGACGAGAGCAGACGUAGCGCAUCUACGGAAGGGUGAUGCCGCCGCAAGCCAAGCGUCGCAAGGAGGGCCGGGAACUUGGCCCGGAUUCAGGCAGAACAUCCCGACUUUCGAGCAACUGCACAGCGUCGCCCCGCCCGUGGCCACCACCUCCACAGGCAUACCCCCCGGCGGAGACCGACCCCCCUCCCCCACGCCCCCCUGGAGAGAGGGGAAGAAGUUCAUCAGCAGGAGAACCGGCCCGACGAUCAUCAGCGUGUCCACGGAGGAGCUUCGCCACACCGUGCACACCAGAGCUCAAAGUAAGCUGCCGCCUCCGCAGAAGUACGAGCAGCCCGUCCAGAACCGGCCGUCUGCACCACCACCACAGCAGCAGCAAGCUCCACCUCCUCAGCCCGUGAAGGUAGCGAACACGCCAAGGAUGGCGGAGGCUCCGACAAACACGCCCGCGGCUGCGCCUCAGGCUGCGCCCGCCCACCUGUCGGCCCAGGCCCGAGCCGACUACGAGGCGGCGGAAGUGGUAGGGCACGUCGACUUGUCCGGAUACGCCAACGUCGUGUACGACCUGCACGUUGACAAAGGGAAGCUGGCCAGGACGGUGGACGCGGCUUCCAAGAGGGUCCGGAGCCGGGGCGCGUCUGCGAGCGGCUCCGCGUCGGCCACACGCGAGGGGUCGCCGGUCAGGGAGCUGGGGGCUGCCGGUGAGGCGGGGGCGCAGCAAUCGUCAGCCGCUGCCGCUGCCUCCGCUGCCCCGUCACAGGCCCAGGCGAGCGCCGCGGCGGCCACACAGAAAACAACCAGCACUACCGUGCAACAACAACAAACGUCCGCGGUCUCAGCCCAGCAGCAGUCGGCCUCCGCCGCUGCCAGCGUCCUGGAGUCGUCUUCAGCAGCAGCUCCUGUGAGCAGCCAGGACGCGGCCGCGGGGGGCGGCCAGCCCUCAUGGACGGUCCGGGGCUCGGCGCAGGGCGGCGGAGGGGCAGCCGGCGGCGGUGGGAGAAGGGUGUUCGUCGGCCGCCCGUCGGACUUCGUACCUGACCACCUCCGUCCCACCAUCCGCGCCACACCCGGCCAGCGGUCAAGAUACAUAAAAACAUACUCGUACGUCGCCAAACACCAGCUGAUGGAAUAACAACGAAAAAAAGCAGCAACAAAAACAACAAACAACAACAGAGUUUUUGUUUAUGAAGCAAAAAGUGUGAGAAGAAGAUGUGAGGUAGAUUUCAGCCUCUCGCGACGACGUUUCUCUGGCUAGUUCCGGUGGCAAUGGCAGCGAGUCAUUGGAGGGAAAACGUGUAAUGACCUGCCCUAGACGCUAGCUGUAGGAAUUUUCAGGGUUCACCCAACACUGUGCUACUCGGCUUCUUCAACUGUAUCUAACGCCAUGAAGAAAUAAAGACUAAGCUUUCUUUCCAACACUGGAAUGAAGUAGGGACUUACCCCAAAUUUCCGGCUGACUCCUUCAAACUUGUUCACGGAAUGGACCCGUCUACUCUUGGAACGUGGCGUCGGAGACACGUGGCCGUAGUAGCGGGUCGUACGUGCCAGAUAACCUGUGUCGCCCCCCGUCUCUGUUCAGGGUAUGACCCGCUACUACGGUCACGUUUCUCUGUCAUCUCCCAAACCGUAGGAAUGAACAAGACGCUUGGCGGAGAAAGAAACCUUACAAGAUUCACCGAGAAGUGCAGCCCAACUCCAUCGCUAUGUCCAACAUCGAUCUGGAUGUGUCGCUGGUCGCUACAUGCAGAACAAACGACGAUAACUAAACGCAAGAAAAGCCAAAGGUGUAAAGUUUGAGUGGUAAAAACCCUUGCAGGUGUUAGAUACAGGCGAUGUGUUUCACAUCGGCUUUAUAUCUGAUCGAUCUCCGUUAGCAUGAAAUGAUGCUUUGGCAAAACAGCUGUCGUGGGGUGUAAACAAAAACUGUGACUUGAAACCUGAGACGAUAGCAUGUCGCAUUGUCUAUAUAAAUGUAGCAAGGGCAGACGCUGCUUUGAUACAUUACACUGGAUACUUUACGGUGCCAAGCGUUGUCCUGCGUGUACCUUACUUGAUAUGUAUCAGAGAGCUAACGUUUAUGUCAUGCGAAGUUUGAUUAUUAAAGAAUCUAUUGGAGACUGCGAGUGUGAGAACUCCAAGCGACGAUUACUGAUUGGACUAUGGUGUGUUGGUAUGUGGGAGCAUGGGUCGUCUUCUGCCUGCUUCACUGACCGCAGAGGCAUUCUAGGAACGCUCCAGUCUGAACCAGAACUCAACACUGGGACACGGAAUAAAGCAUGAUGACUUUG